AGUUAUUUGAAUUUUAUAAAAUAUAAUAUGGAGGAAAAAAUAUCAAGUCAAGAUGAUAAUAAAGGAAACGGUGAUGAAAUAAAUAUAAAAGAAUAUAAAAAACGAUGGAUCAUGUUGGGUUUAUUUACUAUUUAUACUGGAUUAAGUACAUUUCAAUGGGUUGAAUAUUCUAUUAUUUCAAAUAUUAUUUCACGAUACUAUAACGUAUCAUCAUUAGCUGUAGAUAUGACAUCAAUGACAUAUAUGUUUUAUUAUGUAAUAUUGGUAGUACCAGGAUCAUAUAUGGCUGAAAGAAUAGGAUUAAGAUGGACCGCUAUUUUAGGUAGUUUUUUAGUAUGUAUUGGUUCUUGGAUUAAAAUAUUUUCAGUUUCUCCAAAUGGAUUUAUAACAACAUUUAUAGGUCAAUCAUUUUUAGCUGUUACUCAGGUUGUUAUUCUAACUGUUCCUGGCCGGUUAGCUGCACUAUGGUUUCCUUCACGUCAAAUUUCAACUGCUACGUCAUUAGGAAUUUUUGGUAAUCAAUUAGGAGUAGCUUUGGGAUUUUGGUUAACGCCAAUUUUAGUUAAAAAUCAUGAAAAACUUGAAGAUAUUGGAGCAGAUUUACUUAAAUUAUUUUGGACAAUAGCCGCUCUGUCUACAGCAAGUUUUAUUCUCGUUGUUAUAUUUUUUCAAGACGAACCAAAAUUACCACCAAGUGAAACACGUAAAUUACAAAAAAUAAAUAAUUUAGAAAAUAAAUCAGGCUUUAUUAAACCAAUAAAAAGAUUAAUGACUAAUAAAAGUUAUUUAAUACUAUGUAAUUCGUAUGGAUUAGGUGUUGGUGUUCUCAAUGCCGUUGGAACAUUAUUAAAUCAAAUGUUUCUUAUACACUUUAAAAAUGGUGAAGAAGAUGCUGGCCGUCUUGGGUUAUUGAUAAUUGUAAUGGGAAUGUUUGGGUCCGUUAUAUUUGGGUUUAUUCUUGAUAAAACUCAUAAAUUUAAAGAAACAACAGUCACCGUUUAUUUUUUAACUCUUUUGGGGCAAAUAUUAUUUGCUGUUGCCAUGUGGAUAGAGAUUAAGUCGACAGUAUAUUUAGCGGCAACUUUUUUGGGAUUUUUUUUAUCUGGAUAUUUAGCUCUUGGAUACGAAAUGUGUGCCGAGUAUACUUAUCCAGAAUCGGAAUCAAUUGCAACGGGAAUUUUAAAUAUAGCUAAUAAUAUAUACGGUAUAAUACUUGUUAUUAUUUCUGGAAAACUUAUGGAAACUAAUGGAGACUUGGCUGUUCAUAUUUGUUUAUGCGUUUCUCUUCUUUUUGGAUUUAUUAUGACUAUUUUAACGAAAGAUGAACAAAAAAGACAAGAUGCUCAAAAAAAAGUUUAUAUUAAUGUGUCAUCUACCGACAGAGAUAUAUCCCUAUAAAUAAUCAUCCAAUUUAAUAAUUGUUUAUUCAA